AUGACACCCCAGGGAAAUGGGGUUGAGGCUGAUUACCUCAUUCAGUGUAUGUUGACUCAGAAGGCAGUCCUGAAUGAAGCACCACGGCAGGAACCCUCAGAGGGCCUGCAGCAGUUGGUAAUUGGAUUCCUUACCACAGCCAAGCAGGCCAUGGAAGGAGAUAUCAAUAGAUUUUAUUACCUAGUUGCCAGUGUCCAAAUGGGAUUAUAUCAGACAGAGACUCCAGAAUCACUAACUAAUAGUCAGACAGAGAUCUUAAAUAGAAUCAUCGAAGGUUACUUGCGGGCAUUUACCAGUCUUGAACAAAUAGAUUGGGUAAAGCUUCUACCUACAGCCACAUUUACAUACAACAAUAGUAUGAAUUAUACGCUUCGAAUAUCACUAUUCAAGGCCCUAUAUAGGUUUGACCCGGAAUUCCACAUUGACAUUGCAGACAAUGUCCCAGAAAGGGAGAUACCUACAGCCAAGGAUUGUAUUUAA